AUGCCGCUAGUCCGCCGCUUCGCCACGGCAUUGCUGCCUUGCCCACUGCGCCUUCUCUGGGCAGCAGAAGCAAGGCAGACAAACCUCAUCUAUAAAUUUGGCGUCGACGUCGGCGUUACUGCGAGUGGUGGUCGUGUGUGGGCCCACCUCGAUAUCCGUCUAGACCUGGCUACCUGGGAUGACCCCCAACGCGCUUUCAUUAUCUUCCAAAUCCAGAACGACACACACAGGAUUGACGGCUUAGCUGGUUUUGACGAGGUCGCCCAGUGGGAACAUCCGCUUGAUGAGUGUGAGGACGAUGUCGCCCGCUGGGUUUAUAUCUAUGAUGCCCUGGUGGAGGAGGCCAAAUUCCCCGUCUACAACUAA